CCGGGAAGGCAGCGCCAGCGGCUGCUGCUCUCCCUGCGGUGGCUCCCGCGCGCUGUGCUUCCCGCCGCGGGUGGGCUCCGCAGCCCCCUGCCGUCCGCGGCCCCGGGCCCAGCGGCGACCCGCCACCACCCUCCACCUCCUUUCGGCGUGGGGGCGCCCCGGCUCUUGUGGCUCAUCCCAGGGGCUCCCCUUUACCUCCUCCAACCGGCGGUUUCCCUGCGGAGCUGGCUGGAGCACCCAACUUUGCCUCCUCUCCCGUCGCUCCCUCUGGGCGCGAACCUGCUCACCUCAGGUCCGGCCGUGCGCCCGGGGACCGUGCGCCUGGGGCUCGAGCCGGCGCACCCCCGCUCCAGCCCGGAGAGCAGCGAGUUGCGGGUAACUCUAGGGAAGUGGCGGGGGGCGGCGGCGGUUGCUGCCUGGACAUCCUUCGCGGGCGCUGAAGAAGACCCUCGCAGCCGCUCUUGACCCCUCGGGCGCCGGAUGACUGGCACGGUGAACGCGCCUUGCACCUGCAUUGGUGUGUGAGAGUUGGGCUGAACCACCCGAGUGGCUGUGGAUCCUUCGUGUGAUACAUGGUCGAGGACACACUCCACCCCUUUCCUCCUUGGCACUUUCCACACAUGACGGGACCACGAGCUUCUGGUUAGACAAGUGCCCAGUGUUGACGGUCUCCUGCCCACCAUGAAGGGACCCUGCGUCAUCGCGUGGCUGUUCUCGAGCCUGGGGUGGUGGAGACUCGCCCAGCCAGAGACAGACGCAUCUCUGUGCCAGAGAGCAGAGCACCCAGUCAUUUCCUAUAAAGAAAUUGGCCCCUGGUUGCGGGAGUUCAGAGCGAAGAAUGCUGUGGAUUUCUCGCAGUUAACAUUUGAUCCAGGACAGAAAGAACUUGUUGUAGGAGCAAGAAACUACCUCUUCAGGUUACAGCUGGAGGAUUUGUCUCUGAUCCAGGCUGUGGAGUGGGAGUGUGACGAAGCAACCAAGAAGGCCUGUUACAGCAAAGGCAAGUCCCAGGAGGAAUGUCAGAACUACAUUCGGGUACUGUUGGUGGGUGGGAACCGGCUGUUCACGUGUGGGACCAACGCUUUCACGCCUGUCUGCACCAACCGCUCGUUGAGUAACCUGACGGAGAUCCAUGAUCAGAUCAGCGGCAUGGCUCGCUGCCCCUACAGCCCCCAGCACAACUCCACAGCCCUGCUCACGGCCGGCGGGGAGCUCUAUGCUGCCACGGCCAUGGAUUUCCCGGGGCGCGACCCCGCCAUCUACCGAAGCCUGGGCAUCUUGCCCCCGCUCCGCACUGCGCAAUACAACUCCAAGUGGCUCAACGAACCAAACUUCGUGUCCUCUUACGACAUCGGAAAUUUCACCUACUUCUUCUUCCGAGAAAAUGCCGUGGAGCACGACUGUGGGAAGACCGUGUUCUCCCGAGCUGCCCGGGUGUGUAAGAACGACAUCGGGGGCCGCUUCCUGCUGGAGGACACGUGGACCACGUUCAUGAAGGCCCGCCUCAACUGCUCCCGCCCGGGCGAGGUCCCUUUCUACUACCACGAGCUCCAGGGCACCUUCUUCCUGCCCGAGCUGGACCUGAUCUACGGCAUCUUCACCACCAACGUGAACAGCAUCGCUGCCUCGGCUGUGUGCGUCUUCAACCUCAGCGCCAUCUCCCAGGCCUUUAAUGGGCCCUUCAAGUACCAGGAGAACUCUCGGUCCGCCUGGCUGCCAUAUCCCAACCCCAACCCCAACUUCCAGUGCGGCACCGUGGACCAGGGCCUGUACGUGAACCUCACGGAGAGGAACCUGCAGGACGCGCAGAAGUUCAUCCUGAUGCAUGAGGUGGUGCAGCCGGUGAGCCCCGUGCCCGCCUUCAUGGAGGACAACAGCCGCUUCUCCCACGUGGCCGUGGACGUGGUGCAGGCCCGGGACGCCCUCGUCCACAUCAUCUACCUGGCCACAGAUUACGGCACCAUUAAGAAGGUGCGGGCGCCCCUGACCCAGACCUCGGGUGGAUGUGUGCUGGAAGAGAUGGAACUCUUCGCCGAGAGGCGGCCCGAGCCCGUCAGGAGCCUGCGGAUCCUCCACAGCCAGAGCGUCCUGUUUGUGGGCCUGCGGGAGCACGUGGCCAAGAUCCCGCUGAAGAGGUGCCAGUUCUACCGCUCACGCAGUGCCUGCAUUGGGGCCCAGGACCCGUACUGUGGCUGGGACGUGGUGAUGAAGAAAUGCACGACCCUGGAGGAGAGCCUGAGCAUGAGGCAGUGGGAGCAGAGCAUCGCCACCUGUCCUACGAGGAAUCUCACCGUGGACGGGCACUUCGGCGCGUGGUCUCCGUGGACGCCCUGCACGCACACGGACGGCAGCGCCGUGGGAUCCUGCCUCUGUCGCACCCGCUCCUGCGACAGCCCGGCCCCCCAGUGUGGCGGCUGGCAGUGCCAGGGCCCCCGCAUGGAGAUCGCCAACUGCUCCAGGAACGGAGGCUGGACGCCCUGGACCUCGUGGUCCCCCUGCAGCACCACGUGUGGCAUCGGCUUCCAGGUGCGACAGCGGUCCUGCAGCAACCCCACCCCGCGGCACGGGGGCCGGGUGUGCGUGGGGCAGAACCGCGAGGAGAGAUACUGCAACGAGCACCUGCUGUGCCCGCCACACGUGUUCUGGACGGGAUGGGGACCCUGGGAACGAUGCACGGCCCAGUGUGGGGGUGGCAUUCAAGCUCGCCGCAGAACCUGCGAGAAUGGCCCUGACUGUGCAGGCUGUAACGUGGAGUACCAGCCUUGUAACACCAACCCGUGCCCUGAGCUGAAAAAGACCACGCCCUGGACUCCCUGGACACCCGUCAACAUCUCUGACAAUGGGGGUCACUACGAGCAGCGAUUUCGGUACACGUGCAAAGCCCGUCUGCCUGAUCCAAACUUGCUGGAGGUGGGAAGACAGAGAAUUGAGAUGCGGUACUGCUCUAGUGAUGGGACCAGUGGCUGCUCCACCGACGGCCUGUCCGGCGAUUUCCUGCGGGCGGGGAGAUACUCUGCCCACACCGUCAAUGGGGCGUGGUCGGCCUGGACGUCCUGGUCACAGUGCAGCCGAGACUGCAGCCGGGGCAUCCGGAACCGGAAGCGGGUCUGCAACAACCCGGAGCCCAAGUUCGGGGGCAUGCCUUGCCUGGGCCCGUCCCUGGAAUACCAGGAAUGCAACAUCUUGCCCUGCCCAGUGGACGGCAUGUGGUCUUGCUGGUCCUCCUGGUCCACGUGCUCGGCGACGUGUGGAGGCGGACACUACAUGAGGACCCGCUCCUGCACAAACCCAGCCCCCGCCUACGGAGGUGACAUCUGCCUGGGACUGCACACGGAGGAGGCGCUCUGCAACACGCAGCCCUGCCCGGAGAGCUGGUCGGAGUGGUCAGACUGGUCUGAGUGUGACGUGGCUGGAGUCCAGGUCCGUGUCCGCCAGUGCAUCCUUCUGUUCCCCGUGGGCAGCCAGUGUUCGGGAAACACCACGGAGAGCCGGCCCUGCGUUUUUGAUUCCAACUUCAUUCCAGAAGUGUCUGUGGCCAGAUCCAGCAGCAUAGAAGAGAAAAGGUGUGGGGAGUUCAGCCUGCUCCACAUGAUUGCCGCGGGGCUCAGCAGCGCCAUCCUGGGCUGCCUUCUCACGCUGCUCGUCCACACCUACUGCCAGCGGUACCAGCAGCAAUCCCACGACGCCACCGUUAUCCACCCCGUCGCGCCCGCCCCGCUCAACACCAGCAUAACCAACCACAUCAACAAACUGGACAAGUACGACUCGGUGGAGGCCAUCAAGGCAUUUAACAAAAACAACUUGAUCCUAGAGGAAAGAAACAAAUACUUCAACCCACAUCUCACUGGGAAGACCUAUUCUAACGCCUACUUUACAGAUCUCAAUAACUAUGAUGAGUACUAAGAGCUCUUCUAUUUUUGGCUUCUUGUAAUUCCCCCAGUUCCUUAAGGCCUGUGCUCCAUGACUGCCCAUGUCUCCAAGCCUUCAGAGAUGGAGUGUGGAUACAUCUCAAGUGCAUUUCAAGCCACUAGUGUCCCAUUGUUGCCGAAGAGAAACGUUUUCAAAAGCAACAAAAAUCUAAACACGACCGUGAAAAUCUGGUCUACAAUUCUUGAUGAUCGUGUUUAAUGAGCCUUGGUGUGCAGCUUUUUUUUUUUUUUUUUUUUUAUGUUCAGUCCAUUUUUCGAAAAAGUUGGUUGCUUUUUUGGAGCUUUUUUCAUAACUGUACCACCCACAUUGGAAGGAGUCUUUAGAAAUAUGAACAUCUUCUUGACCCUGAGCAUAAAUCUUAAUGGUGAUUUAAUUCAGGAAAGCAGGCACCCCACCUCCACAUGCUUUAGAGUGCUGAUAAAAUGGAGACUAUGAAUGUGGCCAUACAAGGACUCACCAUUGUGGUGAUCGCCAUCUUCUCAUUCUGGAUGGUUCUGUGUGUGUUUGGACUUGGAACGCUUCUCGCCUGAGGACGCCCGGGGAUUCAGCCUGGCUUGCAUCUGCGGAGGUGCGGGUGUGCGAUGGGAGGUCUCCACUCUCAGCCUUGCUGCGCUUGCUGUGUUGUUCCCGGGGGAGCUGAGUGUAAAGAACAGAGGGACAGACGGGAUGAAGGGUGAAUGUGCCCUGCAGCUCGCCGUGAAGCUCGCCUUAUUCUGACUUGUGGUUUUCAUGGCAGUUCAGGGAGCUCUUUGCCACGCGGGGUCAAGAGAGCCCGCCUGUCUGGGCCGUAGUAACAUUCUGAAGAACCACUCUGUAAAAUAACCACUUGUUUAGCAUUUGUAUAAUAGAUUCUGCACCUGCCCUCUCUCUGCAAAGAAAAAUUUCAAACAUUCAUGAUGCCAGUGAAGAAAGUAUUGAAAGAACUGAAAUAUAAUUGAAAACAACUUUUUAAAAAAAAUUUUCCAUGCUACAGAAGGUAUUGGAUGAACUGAUGUUUAAUGAAAAGCAACUUUCUAUUUUCCAUCUCCCUGAUAGAACUAACGUGAGGCCAUCAGCCCCUACUAAGAGCAUUAAUGAUGUGUAAAGCUGGCUUUCUGCAGCUUGCUACUGUGCAUAUUGAAGUGCUCCCCAAGUUCCAAGCUGUCAUUUGCUGCCUUCAGGUCAGGUCAGGAGGUGAUGUUUAGCUUGGGUGCCUUUUGUUUUUUAUCUCAGUGCUGCCUUCCCACCCACCUAGUCCCAUUUCUCCCUGCAUAGGGGCAACAACAUUUCAAAAGAAGUACCCUGAGAAAUCAGGGUAUCAGGAUGUUAAAGCCUUCAGUGAUCCCUGUGGUUCUGAGCUUCAAUCAUUCACAAGCAUUUCUGAGUUAUGAUAUUGUUCAGUGUGGUCCCCAGAAGGAAAAAAAAAAAACCAGGAUAAAUUACUCACAAAAAACUGAUACAUAAUAUAUGGCAGUUGGUUGAAUAAUUUUUGAAAGUAACAAGAAGAUUGAAACUAUUCAUUGGAUGCCUCUGGGUAUCAUGAUAAAGGCCUGGGUGGACAUUAAAACAUGUUCUUAUGAUAAAUGAACCUUCAGAUCUGUGAAAAUCUACGAUAUGGGCAUCAAGGGACAUAUGUAUGUUUUAGCAUACAUGUUUUCACUCUGUCCUAUCUGAAGAAAUUGGAAAUUUUUAUGCUUAGUAAUGAAUGUUGUUGAGUUCAAAACAUUCUCAUGUACCCAAAUUUUCUGAAAUGGCUCUACUAAAAUAAAAUCUAAAUUGCAGUUGGGCUCUGGGAGGUCUGAUAGAUUUCAAAUGAAUGAUGUUCGGGGUCUUUCCAGUGGGGAGUUCUUGCUGUAUCUCCUGUAUUCCCUUGAAUGCUGUGUGAGAUUGCUCUGUCUAAAGUCCACACUUGGGAAGGGAAGUUUACCCAGAUAGUUUUCUAAUUGUCCUUGGGUUGUGUUUUCCUUGAUUGCUUCACCCUGUCUCAUCACUGUCCUGUAAGACAGAUGUCCACAUUGCGUAGCACAUUUAGCAGUUUUAUGAAUUCCAGCCCCCACAAUGUUUUCUAAGCUUUUAAAAGGUCAUUCUCUUUCCCGCAGAACAGACGAUACUGACAUUUCAAAAAAAGCAUCACUGGACUUGAUGGGAAAUGUGUUCUAAAUGACAUCAAAGUUGGUCAUCAAUCAUUCUUACCCACUGACUAGGGAGAGCACCCUCCCCCACAACAGACUUUUCAUGUUGUUGAUUCCAUACACCUUUGUGAUUAUCACCGCAAAGAAAUUCAUGCGUUUUUGUUCUCUGGCAUUCUAUUAGAAAUAAAAUUGUUCUGUUCUCUCGCUCUCUGUCUCCCGUUCCCUCCCAUCCCUUCCUCCCUCCAUCCCUCCCUCUUACUUAACAGAAUAUGAGUUGGUUUUAGGAUAGUUUUAGCUAUAAUCUAAGAAAUUUAACCAGCCAUGGAAUAACUUUCGUUUUCCCGUCACCGAAGGGCUUUUGCUCACGUGUCUGCCUCCCCUCUGCAUCCUUCAUUAAGCCCCCGUGUGGUGGGCUUUUGUGGUAAAGUCUCCCACUUCUGCUGGAUUCUUCAAACAGCCGCUCUUCGUAAGGUGGGUGGUAGAGAUUCCUGCCAGCACUUGUCACAUUUUAAAUUUCUGUGUAACUUCACUAUCCAACCUUUUUCUUCCUUUCUUUCUCCCUCUUUUUCUUUCUUUCUUUCAUUCUUCCUUUUGUGUGUGUGUGUUUUUUUUCUUUCUGGUACAGGCAGCACAAAUAAAAUCUAAUAUUUUUAAAUUGUAUUUCUCUGAGUCUAAUAUCAAAUGACAUUAAUCACAGUUUAAUUUCUAGGGUUGCUUCUAGAUACAGUUGAAGUUUGGCUGGUUCUCGUUAGGAAACGGGCUUCAGUCUCACCCUGACAUUCUUUGGAAUCUGAUUCCCAGUGUUGGGUGCUUUCUCUAGACCAGACCAGUCACUGCCUAACACCAACCCGUACUGCCCCAGGGUCCCUGCUCUCGGCAUAGCAGGCGGCCUCUCAGAGCAGCUCUGCAGGUGACAGCUCUGAUCGCUCGGAGGGAUUUGUCUCCCUGGACGACCUCGACUCUGUGGAUUCUGGGGACGCAGAAUCAGGCAGUGCUGCGUGAAGACCCCGGGUCCCCAGACUCGGGUGUUUUCUUCCCCGAUUGUCUGACCUGCUCUAGGUCUGUUUCUGUGCUGGUGCCUCUGGAACUUACGGGGGGAUCUGAACCUUCCUGCUCUUUCAGGGACUUGUCACUAAGCCUGUCGAUUCUGACUAGAACUGGCAGUAAUCCUGGGGGAAAAGAUGGCUCCCUGUGUGUGGAGAGUGGACAGAGAGUCUAAAGGAACUGAGAGGGGUAAGCGGUGAGCGAAUGUGAGGGCUGCUAUGUGGAGAAGCCUCUGUGCCCAGGAACGGUCAGCCUGCGGGGUCAAUGAGAACCAGGGCUCUGGCCCCCUGAUUCAUGAGUGAUGUCAAAGAGAAAGGAAGUGAAUUCAGGAGAAAGUGGCCUUGUAAAGAAGGGACUCUGGUGCCUCCCAGCCCAGGGCUGUGGACGAUCCCAGGUGGAGACUAUGAUCAUCUCACACAGUCCUGUGUCUGAUCCCUGGGUCUUCCGGGAUCAACUGCCCAGAGAGCAGGCCAGGGUGCCUCUCUUUCCUCAUUUAUCUGCAAAAGGGUGAAGUUCAUGGGCAUCAAUGCCUGUGUGGUCAGAGUUCGCGCAGGUGUCCUUCAGAAUUAGUGAGUAAGUGAGUCAGAUGCCUUCAGAGUUAUGGACAAAUUUUCAGCCCAGGGGCUUCCUGAAAGGAUGUGUUAGUGUAACUGCAGAUCAAAGGAGAUUUUUUUUUUUUUUCGUGUACGAAGUCUGCGCUCAGCUAGUCAUUUUGUGUAAACACUCCCUUAAUGCACACUGGAGGUACAACUGCGAUGGUGUUUUCAUUUGCAAAUAUCCUGAUGUUCCUUUUUGACAUAUUCCUCACUUUCAGAAUCAAUCAUGAAUAUUUCCCCAACACUGUCAAACCACUUUCAGCAUUGACUUUGCCCCAAGGUCAUCAACCUUCUUCAGCCCCAGGAUGUCUUUUAUAUUUCAGUGGAAUUUUCUUGUGUGUGGCAUUUGGUGAUAACUACACUGAAUUCAGUCUUUCUGUUUUCAAAAGGUGACUCUGGGGCAUCUAUUCAGAGGCAACAGGUAUCAGUGGUUAAUGCCACGCGCCAAGUCUGCCUCUAGGGAUAUGUUCUCCACUUGGCAGGGCUGCACUUAAAUCCCACAACUCCAAUAAUCAUUGUCUGUGAAGGAGGGAAUUAAAAAACAAUCUUAUUUAAAAAAAUCUUAAAUCUAUUCAUAUGCAGACUGUUUCUCUGCUCUUAUUUUUAAAAUGAUACAAAAUGGAGUUCACAGAUUCAUUGGCUAUGCCCAGCGUUUUCAUUUCUUCUAACAUCUCUUAUUUCAUGGUAAUUUAUGUUGACAUGGUGAUGCAUGUUGACAUGACUUUACCAAGAUUUGAGUACCUCUGAUUACCUAUCUUUUUAACUAUUGUCAGACACUAGAAAGCCGUUUUGAGCCCCCUGCUUCUCUGAUCAAUGGGUGUGAAAUGGGAGAACACGGUAACAUUCAUUUUGGCCUGAUAAAUGUACAAAAGGGAAUGCCAAAUAUUUCACAGUAAAUUGCUGUGUAAGAUAAAAUAUACAGAGACCAGUGGCCAUAGUGGAAUUUAUUUCUGUUAUUCUCUCCUAUUGAAGUCAUUAAUAGUAAUUGAUUUAAAUAUAUUUUGUAACUCUACAAAUAUAGAACCAAUGCAUUCUCUUUCUCUAUUUUGAUAACCUGAUAAGACACAAAAUAAUAUAUUGCUUUCAUUCUUGCUUAUUUUUUCUUUGGAAAUUGAAAAGUAAUGAGCAAGAUAUAAAAUUGGACUAUUGGCAGAGAUUUUUUAUCAAAAUGACUAUUCCAUUCUCUUUUUUAUGGAUUUAUGUUAAAGAUGCAUUAUAGAUAUUUUUGGAGCAGAUGGAUCAAAGUGGGAGUUUUUUAAUGGUCAUAUAUUGCAUCAUCAAAAACUUAGUACAUGUUUCAGAAGCAUUAGGAAUGGAGACCUUUUCUCUUUUGAAAAUAUAUGUUCACACUGCAAAAUGUCUAAUAGCAUUAUCAAAACCAAAAUCAGAGCCUUACAUGAAUGUACUAUUCCCAAUGAAACCUGUCUCAUAUAGUACUUUUAAAAGAUUGUAUUAGUCCUGCCAUAGAAAAACAAAACAUUCAAGCUUAUUACCCAUCGUGUGUGUGUAUGCACACUUGGUUGCUUAGCCGUGUGUGACUCUUCGUGACCCCAUGGACUGUAGCCCGCCAGGUUCCUCUGUCCUUGGAAUUUCCUAGGAGAGAAUAUUGGAGUGGGUUGCCAUUUCCUUCUCCAGCGGAUCUUCUCAACAGAGGUCGAACCUAUAUCUCUUGUGUCUCUCUCCUGCAUUAGCAGGCAGAUUCUUUCCCACUGCACCACCUGUGAAGCCCCUUGUUACCCAUUACCCAAUACCACUUCUCAUUCAACCAAACUUGUUUCACUUUGCUGACAUGACAACAGUAGCUAGUCAAAGAUAUCAUAACACCUGAAAGGAGAAAAAUUGAAAUAGAAAAUCACUGUAUGGCAUUUCUUAAACAAACAUGUUGGGCAGGCAACAAAAUUCAGUCCACCUCUCCCAUAUCAGUCAGAAAUCUGAGGCCAGCCAUUCAAAGAUGAUCCUGUUCUUUCUCAGCUUUUUGGCAACUGAAUGCCAAAAAUGGCCCAAAUGUUAGCUGUUUAAAAUGGUCCCCGCGUUAUAUAAAUACAAGCUGGAAAGCAAAAUCUGGAUUCCAGAAGAUCCAAACUAUCAUCACUAAGAAAGAGCCUUGUUAGUAAGUGCAGGUAGUUUAAUUUCCUGUAGAGUGUUGCCAGUGCCUUGUUUCAGAUGAUGAUUUAUCAUUUUAUCUGGAUAUUUGUUCAAAGCAGAGGACUGAUUGGCUGUACUUUAAAGAAAAUCAUCAUAUGCCUCUUUGAUCUCAGGAGAGCAAGAAGCACAGCAUCAUCAGGUGUGAAUUCUGCCCCCACUGGGCUGUGGUGCCAGAGUGGGGUACCACGGUGUGUUCAGAAUUUAGGUGAACCCAGCCAUCCAGAAACUGACAUCACUUUAAUUUUACAUCUUCCAAGAACACUUGAGAGUUUGUUCUGUAGAAAGAACGUCAACGGGAUGCCUGUAGAAGUUAAAGGAUCUUGUCACUGUCCCUCUUCAGGCAAGUCUCUAUAGAUACAGGAAAAUCAGAUGGAGGCUCGUGAUGCCUGGCAGAUAUAGUGAGUGGAGUGACAACCACAUAGAAUAUUGCCUACUGUUGGUUUGAAGUCAAUGUCAAAAUUGCUUCAUAAGUUCACAAAGUUUUCUUCCUUAAUUUGAAUCAAGAAAACUUGCAGUGUUUUUUCUCUGUUAAAUUUGAUUCCUUCUCUCCCCUCAACCCAUACUGUGACUGUUGGCCAAAAUCAGACUUGAACUUCGGCACUUUGAAAGAAAGCACAGUGGGAACCUCCAACACAAGCCCCUACGUUCACCACCAAAACGCUACAUUGUUUGCAAAGAAAGUGCACAAGCUGGUCCAAUGUAAGAUUCUUCAAAAGUUUGUAAUUGAAAUUGUGUGUUAUGCCACUCGCAACUUUUGAAUAUGUUAUGAAAUGUUAAAUGCCUCAUUCCUUGUUAAUUUGCUGUUGCCAUUUUUGUGAUACAAAAUAAACUUAUUUGGGAUUGUU